AUGAUUCGGAGAGCUUUGAUGCUUCAGAUGGUCCCCAGUCGCUACAGCAGGGAGCUGCCACCCCAAAAGUUAACGCCCUCUCUAUUAAAAAACCCUGGUAUUGCUUUUACAGUUUGGACUCUGCUGACUUUGCCUCCAGGUGCUAUCUGUCCUGGUGCCAUUGCUAGAUUAACAAGUCUUUCUUUCUGCUUCACAAGCUGUCGUAGCCGGCCACGAAAAUCCCAUCGACACCGCCAUCGCCACUGCCACUCCCGGUCAGAGAGCUCAGGUUCCCGCUCCUCUAGCUGCCAAAGCAGGCACAGAGACAGAUCUCGGGAGGAAAGGCAUAAAGCUAGACGAAGACGCUCCCGGCACCAUUCAAAGAACACUGAAAAACGAAGCAUCUCUGCUGAGGUUCAGGCCAGCUAUUCCUCCAGCCAAACCCUUCAGAUCUACAGCUUCCUCUCAGCUAAGGAAGUAAUCUCUCAGUCAGGGUCUUCUGCUGACCUCUUUACCAAAACAGACAGCCCGCUUGGCAACCUAGCCAGUCAGAAUGGAGGGUCCCAUGAAUAUGACUCAGGAAACGAUACUUCUUCUCCUCCCUCCACUCAAACAAGCUCAUCCAGGUCAAAGGACAUCCAGGAGAAAAGAAAUGUAGCGCACGAUGGCUUUGGCCACUCCUUCUCUUCUGGGAAGCCUAAACUGGCCAACAGUGAUAACAGCUCUGAUUCAGGAAAUUCCUUCACCAGUUGCUUUUCCCAGGUCAAGGGAACAGCUUUGGAAAAUCUCUCUCCAGAUGCCCAGGGACAGGAUCAAAGAGGAUGCCUGUCCCCCUGUCUCGGCUGCUCAGAAGAAAAGAAGCAGAGCCCCCUCCCUUCCCCAGCCCACAGCUCCCCUCUGAGACUGUGCUCUCGCAGUGGGUCCUACACCAGCACGGGAAGGUCCUCCCAAGGGUCCAGCCGCUCCACCCGGUCCCGCUCACUGCAUCACAAGGCGACACCCAGGUACUCCCGAAGCAGAUCCUGCUCCUCAGGGAAAAGGUCCUAUUCACGUUCCCCAAGCUACUCAUCCAAGUCCUGCAGAAGAAGUCCCGGAAGCAGGAACUCAAGGCCACGUCGAAGUCCCAGUUACUCCCACUACAGCCCUAGCAGGGAUCGUGAGAGAGAGCACAAGUAUGGCUCCAGUGAGAAGGAGUCCCACAGAGAGCGUGACCGACGGCGGCAGCGGCGACGGUCCUACUCACCCCUGAGGAAACGCAGGAGAGACUCUCCCAGCCACCUUGAAGCUCGGCGGAUCACAAGCGCCCGGAAACGCCCCAUCCCAUACUACAGGCCCAGUCCUUCCUCCUCUAGCAGUGUCAGCAGCUAUUCCUCAUGGUACAGCGGCUUUAGCCGCUCUCCCAGCCGGAGUCGGAGCUACUCCAGCUACAGGAGCAGUCGGAGCCGGAGCCAGAGUCGAAGCCGGAGCUGGAGCAGGAGCAGCAGCAGUGACAGCGGCAGGAGCCGAAGCCGGAGUUCAUGCCCAAGAAGCAGCCGCAGCAGAAGCAAGAGCUAUGGCUCAAUAGGCAGCUAUGACAGCAUGCGGCGCUAGGGAGGCCCUCACUGCCACAUGCUCCAGUGUCAUCUCUUUAAAUUCCUGGUGUUAUCCACUCUCCUUCUGCCUCCCAACCAUAGGUUAUUAUUAUUGUGUAAUAUUAUGGCAGUGCUUAGGCCUCCUUGGUGCUAGGUACUGCAGAAACAGAGAGGCAAAGGGUGUCCUUGCUGCCAUGUAGUGUACAUGGAUAUAUCACCACUCCCCAGAGAUGGGGAUACAGGACAGGUCAGCAUUUUAGGGAGCGUCCAUCAAUAGUAAACCAGCCCCAUCCAUUUUGGGCCUGUCUCCAUGCAAGCAUUUCCCUGCUGCUGAUGCAUAGGGCAAGUUCAGCUCCUUCUUUUUUCCUGGUGGGCAGAGGGCAAGCAACAGUCUCUUUGUGUCAGGGAAAAAGAAGAGUGAAGAUUGAAGAGAGCCUCACAAAGGCUUGUUAUGUGCUGGGCCUGAUCCCACCCCAGGGAAGUCAAUGGCCUAGCUCCCCUUGACUUUAGGGUGCCAGCUUGGAUCCUCAAAGUAUAGCAGCCCUCUAUACAGGGGAAAGCCAGAGGCCUCCAGAGAGUAUCACAUCUUCCCAUUUGGUUGCUUUCCCUCUUUGCCUGUUUAGAUCUAAGACAGAAGUUCCACAAACUUGUUUAAUCUAAACCAGUUAAGUCUGAUACUACAUCCAGCCGGGUUUAUCAUAAACCUGUUUCGGCCAUUUUGAAAGC